AUGAACACAAACGAAGACGUUGUAAUGAAUAGUAUCAACCAAACAUUGAUGACCCACUCAGAAGCUUUCGGAAUCAUCUUUAAACAUAUUGAGAAUUUCUCAAAAACAUUGGACGGAUUAUCUAACCACAUCAAUAAUCGGAAACAAAAGGUAAAGUCAGUUAAAUUAGUCUCCGACAGCAACCAACCAAUUAAACCUAAACAACCUCUUCCUCCAAAAACAACACUCAUAGAACAAACUCCAUCCCCUGCACAUCCUUAUCGAACUGAUGGACCAUCAAACCAAAUAUCUAAAAUCAAAAAUAUUACACAUCCAACAAACAAAUCGAAAAUCAACAAUCAAAAUAAGACAACAAACUUCAUCACCAACACAAACCUCACCAAACCAAUUGAAACAAGCACAAACCUCAUCAAACCAAUUGAAACAACUUCAAAGCCCCAAAGUCAACCCCAGCUUCAAUCUAAGAGCCCACCUAUCAACACCAGCUUCAACCUGAAUGAAUCGCAAUCGUCAUACUUGCAAAUAGCCAAGACAGCCAAGAACAUUACAUUUGAUCCAACAAAAAAACUCCGCAAAUCAAAUCCUACAAUACAACAACAACCAUGUACCCUCCUGCUAAAAGAGCUAAAACAAUUAACUAUUCUCACUGUGUAUCUAUUUACCUCAAAUCUAAGCUUAACUGCUCUUGCAAUUUUUCAUCCCUCUACACAGAGAAAGAUAUCAAAACUGCGAUACAAAAGAUGGUGGAAAAAAAGCAACUGUGUCUUCCAAUCAAACCACUUAGAGAUUAUUAACAAACCUAGCCCAUAUCGCCCUGGAGAGCAUUAUUAUAUAGCCAAUUACAAAGCAACUAAUGUUGCAGAAUUGGAAAAAAUUACAAAAUUCCCAACAAGUAUCACUCCACCAAAUGGCACAAAACCAACCUCAAAAAAACUCAUAUCUACAACCAAAUAUUUGGUAGAAAAAUUCAAAAAACAACAAGAAAACGAAGUGACUGGUGCAACCAAUAAUUUCCAAUUCAAUAAUGACCUCUCAGCAUUAGAAAAGAAUCACAAAUCACUUCAAGUAGAAUGUACUGAAAACUCAAUCAAACUGGAAUCACAUUCUAAACAAAUACAAAACAUCACCAAUACACUAACAGACCACACAAAAUCCAUACAGACCAUUUUUGAAAAACUCAACGAAAUAGCUUCCAAAAUGGAAAAUAUUGAAUUACAUUUGACAAAACCGUACCAUCAAUUAAUUCAUGAAUCCAAGGAUGAUGUAGAAGAUGAAGAUGAUGAAUCUUAUCACCCAAAACCAAAUGAAAAUAGUGAUGAUGAAAUGGAAUAUGACGAAGAAGAAGAUAUAGUAGAACCUAGAAGAGGUGAUAAACCUCUUGGAAAUAAGAACAAUUAA